AUUUAAAGUUUAAAACUUUUUUUUUUGGGAGCUGGGUGUGUUUGGUUGCUUACAAAAUUGGGAUUAUGAACUUCAAUGAGUUGUUGAUUUGAUUGAGUUCUUCAUUUGGUUGUUUAUGAAGUGAAUAAGAAAAGGAAAUAAAAAAUAUUCUGUGAGGAAUUUAAAUUUUGGUUACUCAAAGUUUGAAUCUUUUUGCUGUUUUUUGUUGGAUUGGAUGUGUUUGAUUGCUUAGAAGAUGACAGAAUGAAACUUCAACUUCCUUUAAUUGUUAUUUUCAUUAUCAUUAAUUAAAUGUGAUUAUGGCUUAAAUUACUGUUUGAUAAUCUUAAUUUUGAAUCUCUUGCCAUUAUCUGGAACUGGCUUUGUUUGGUUGCUAAAGAAAAUGCAAGAAAGAAAAAAAUCGAAUCUUGUUUCAUUCCAGGUAACCAUACAUUUCCUUUACAGCAUCAAGAGAGAUCCUUGCUAUUAUUGAGUAAAAAUGAAGUUUGAAAAGGAUCCGGCUGAAGCAAGACUAAGAAACCAACAAAAUAUGACACCUGGGGCUCCUGGUGUGGGUACUGGUUCAGUGUCCAUUGCAAGAAACAGCAGAACAGCUUCUCUCUGUAGAGAAAUUAAAAUUGUCCAAGAUUUGAUCGAAAGGUGUCUUCAACUUUAUAUGAAUAAAGAUGAAGUGGUUAAGACACUCUUAGAACAAGCUAGAAUUCAGCCUGGCUUUACAAGCAUAGUAUGGAAUAGAUUGGAGCAAGAAAACGCAGGAUUUUUUAAGGCCUAUUACACAAAGUUAGUUUUGAAGAAACAAAUUGCUCAGUUCAAUGAAUUACUUGAGAAUCACCACAAUUUGCUGAGUUACGCUGCACCUCUAGAGGCUCCCUUGGCUCCCAUGCAGGAAGGCAUUCAGCACAUGCCAGUUAACCAUUUACAUAAGGUAUAUACCCUCCCGCAGCAGCAUCCAAUUCCAUCAACUAGUAAUUCCCAGAAUGAUUCCACAGGCACCAUUUCCAACUAUGACCCGGUAUAUGAAAACCCAGAAUGUGGCAGUUUCCUCUCAACUCAGAUGAAUUAUGGGAUGUGGAUGGCAAUGGACAAUAACGCAGCAGAUAUAGAACCUAACCAUCCUUUUAUGAAGCCAGAGAUUCCAAGUCCUGUAUCAGUUACAUCCCAUGAUCAUUUUCCUUUCAUUCCAAGAGAGAUACAAGAGAGUGUGGCCCCAUCAGCUGUUGAAUUUGCUGAGUUAUCUCAUUUGCAAAGUGUAAGACAGGUGCCACUUGGACCUGGUAAUGCUAGCUUCAAUAACUUGGUAGAAGGUGAGACAAACACAUUAUAUUCUGAAGCUCUUCGUGGUGCUGCUCUGCUAGGUUAUAAUCUAUGGUGUGUGUGUGUGUGUGUCAUUCUAAAUUAUUUCCAGCGUAUUCAGGUUCCAGUUCUACCGGAUUGCUUGAUCCUUCAGAGCAAAAUGACAAUGUCGAGGAGUUCUUUGUCGAUACCUUUCCUGCUGCAAGCUCUCAAUCAGAAGAAGAAUCUUAAGUGAAGCCCUCACAGUUUUAGCCCUAGUUUAUAUUUAGCUAGAUCUUAGUUUGAACUCGAGAAGUUUCCCUAAUUUUCUUGACUUUCUAGAGGGAUCUAGUGCACUAGGGUGAAUUUGAAACCUUAAAGCAGAUUAAGGCAGGCAUCAAUAAGCGUCCUGCUAUAUUUUAUCCUUCUACUAGAAACUGAUCCGCGGUUUGCCUCGGGCCAAAUAAAAAAAUAAUUUUAAUGUAAUAAAAAAAUGUACAGACAUUAUUAAUAUAUUUUUACAUCCAGAAAAUUUUUAUUUA